AUGGAAGAUUCUUACAUUAUCGCUAAUUUCCACACGCUAUGUCGACUGUGCCUGAACAAAAGUACGUUCGCGACAUCGAUAUUCGCAGCUGUGCCUGACGACGAAUCAAAUGUUUCUUUAACCUCCAAACUAGCUGAGUGUUUCGAGUUACAGAUCGAUCCUAACGAUGGGCUGCCUAAUAGGAUUUGCUACAAAUGCUUGUUCAAAGUUGAUAAAUGUUCAAAAUUCAAGCUUCAAUGCAUUCAAAGUGAGACCAGAUUGAGGCAAAUAACUACAAGAGCCAAUGAACUGGAUAACUCUAAUUCAUCAGAACUUAGUAACUAUAACUAUGGCUCCCAUUCUCAAGAUGGUCCAAAAGUAAAACCUGAAGAUUACAUUGUUGAAGACAGUGUUGUGAUGGUGGUGGAUCCAAGCCUCGACUAUGACUCCUCAGAGGAGUCUGAGAUCAUGGAACCAGUGGAGCCAGAGGUAAUUGAAAGGAACAAUACCCCAGAUGGAAUGAAGCCCUUUCCUUGUCGAAAAUGUCAUUUAAGUUUUGGUAGGAGGGAUAAACUAAUCAAGCAUGAAAUGAGACACGGCCCAUUAAGCCCGGGCAAGACAGAGUAUGAUCAUGAUCAUGACAGUCAUGACAUGGUAGUAAAUGUAAACCCCUUCAGCAAUCUCAUGACUUCUCCUACACAGCUCCAUCCAGACUCUUCAAAUGCUGAAUAUGAUCUUCCAAGAGUACCAGAUCAUAUUUCAGGGGAGAGCAGUUUUAUGAAAGUACAGAAAAAUACUUCUGCUUCUUCUAAGACCACACAAUCACCACCGAAACAGAAAGCUGUGACAAAUAAAAACAAACCUAAAAAUAUCAAAUGUCACCAGUGUCCAAAACGGUUUAGCUCUUUAGAUUCUUACAAAACACAUGUGUCUAUUGCACAUAUAGGUUCCAGGAUCUUCCAGUGCAAAAUUUGUUUCAAAAAGUUCCCUCGCAAGAGGGAAUUGGACCGCCAUGCAGCUCUCCAUUCUGGUAUGAAACCUUUUUCUUGUAGUCAGUGUGACAAAAAAUUCACUAAGAAAGACAAACUUGAUAAGCAUGAACAAACUCAUGAAUGCCUGGUUGUGAAUAUGCCUUGCAUAGAAUGUGGUGCCACAUUUGAAAAGAAGCCUGAUCUAGUUGCACAUAUUAAAUCUCAUUUUACUGAAAAUUUUGAUGAUAAAUUAACUGAGGCUGAGAUAAAAAAGGAAGAGGAUACGGAAUUCAAUUUGGAAGAUAAUUUCUAUGAUCUUGAAACUUGA